GACCUCUUGCACUUUGGCACUUUUGGGAGUAUUUUAAGUCAAGUGAUAUGAAGUCACAAAGACCUCAUCAUGGCCUGUACAAUCAAGGAGCCACAUGUUACCUCAACAGUGUCCUGCAAGUUCUCUUCAUGACACCUGAGAUCCAUGACAGGUUGCGUCAGUUGGAUGAGUCACAGAUCACAGGUACAGAUAAAGAGCUGAGUAACAUCUUUGAAAAGCUGAAACAAACAACAUGUGGGACAGAAAACAUCACAGAGAUUCUGGGGAUUAAAGAUGUUCAUCAACAACGUGAUGCUGCUGAAUGCCUGGAGCUGAUCUUAAGGAAAGUCAGCCCACAGGCCUCUGAGGUUUUCCGAGGGAAGCUGACAGAGACAACAAAGUGCUUUGAGGGUCACAUCAUCAUUGAAGAGACAAAUCCAUUCUGGACUCUUCCACUGUCACUGAAAGAUAGAGAUGAUACAACAUACAGUGUGGAAAAAGGCUUUAAAAGAAUUUUCAAGAAAAAAUCAUACAGUGGCAACAACCUGGUGUACUGCAAUGAAUGCAAAAAGAAAACAGAGGCAACAAGUGGAUGUGAGAUGGAGCGAUGGCCUCAGAUUUUGACUCUGCUCCUCAAGAGAUUUGAGUUUGACCAUUACACAAUGUCACAUGUCAAAUCAAACCGCUGUGUAGAUGUGCCGCUUACAUUACAAAGAGAGAAGAAGAAGUACACACUUUAUGGGAUGGUGAAUCACAUGGGUGAUCUUGGAGGUGGACAUUACACUGCCACCGUCCUGUCCUGUGACAACAACACCUGGUUUGAGUUUAAUGAUGAAAGGGUCACAGAGGUUAGACAAUCAUUUGCAGAAGAUGAGCCUUACAGCUCUGGGACUGUCUAUCUUCUCACAUACAGAGUUUCUCAGAUGCCUGUUGAGACCAAUUCUGAAAAUGAGGUAAAUGAAAACCAGCACACUGGUGAAAAAGAAAACGGACAGAUGGGACCAAGUGAAGUGAAUAAGUUACAGGAAAGAACAGUCUUUAAGAUAGAGACACCCAGUCUUCAGGCUGGAGGAGAGGAUAUAUCAGUUGGAGAAACAAGUCAUGACACUGAUGUGGAAACUGGCAACAGCUGUGGAGUACCAAGUGAGGCAAAAAGAAGCAGAUAUGAAGAGGCACAGGAAAAUCCGUCUCAGGUACUACAUCUGCUGCAUGAAGAACUGAAUACACAGAGCAAUCAAGUGAGAAUUCUUCACAUGUCCAGGAGGGAGCAUCAAAGAUGGGAUACACAACUUGUCAUACAUUUUCUUAUCACACUAAUUUUUUGUUGGUUAUUGAUUGUGACAUUCUUUUUAGUAGCAACCCUUUUAUAAUCUUACCCACACUUGAUCCAAGGGGGAUGGUGUGGUUGUUUUAGCACUUACUGUAGCCUGUGGAUUCAGAGCCACUAACAUUAUCAACAACCUGAUAUCAGAGUAAUCAAGAAUGUGAUUAUGUUAUAAUUAUGAAUCAACUUCGCUUCUUAAAUUUUGUCUUCCAUUUAUUAAACUAGAUGACAAUUAUGUGACAAACUGUUGUGACAAAAUGAAGUGUCUGUGCAUGUGUACGAUGUUCAGUUUCUCAUUUUAAAGAUACUGAUGCAUAUGAGCUCUAUUUGGGUGAAUCUGAAAUAUGAAUAAACAAAUUCAAAAUGUU